UCUUCAAUUUCUUAUCAGUUAGAACAACUUCCAAUACUACGACAAAAACACAUUGGCCAACAACCACCAACUCAAUAAUCGCACCAUGUCUGCCUCCGAGGAUUUGAUUGAUUUUGAUAUAAUUGAAAACCAAAAGGAAAAUAUUCAAUCAUUACCACAAGGAAGAUCAGCACGAAACCUUGCAAAAUUAUUCUCCCCCUCUCCUCUACAACCCCUCUCAACACCUACACCAUCCGAUACAAGAAACCUGAACGAUGCAAUUAGAGAAGAAUAUGAAGCAGAAUUAGCCAAUAUUGGAGAAUCAGACGAUCCAUUGGAUAUCUUUGAUCGAUAUGUCAAAUGGACACUUGAUGCCUACCCCUCCGCACAAGCAACACCCAAUUCACAGCUCGCCUCUCUCCUGGAGCGCGCAACGAAAAACUUCCUCAAUUCUCCACAAUAUAAAAAUGAUCCACGAUAUCUGAAGCUUUGGCUUCAAUAUAUACGAUUUUUCUCCGAUACUCCACGCGAAACAUUUGCUUUUUUGGCUCGUCAUAAUAUUGGUGAAGGAUUGGCAUUAUUCUACGAAGAAUUCGCAGGAUGGUUAGAAGGUGCUGGCAGAUGGGUCCAGGCGGAGGAAGUUUUUCAAAUGGGUAUUGAUAAGGAGGCUAGGCCGGCACCACGUUUGUUGCGCAAAUUCAAAGAGUUCCAGGAAAGAUUUUCUGCUAGACCUGAUAGCGGUAAUGAACCUUCGUCACCGGCAUUGCCUACAGUACGACCUGCGCUUGCUGCAAAAAUUGACCCGUAUGCUGCGGUUGCGCUGGCUCCUGAGGAUCCUCAAGCACCGAGACCAUCGGCGGGCGUGGGUGGUUCAUCGACAACAAAGGGUGGUAAGCAGAAGUUGAAGAUUUUCUCGGAUGAUGAGAAUGGUGCUCCAGCAGUCUCCGCAUCCCCAGGAUCAGGAUGGCAGAGUAUAGGAUCAUUGGCAGAUAGAAAGAAGGAAAACAGGAUUGAGCCCAAGCCAUGGGCUGGAGAAACGUUGAAAGCUGGUGGAAAAAAGAGCAGUACCAAGAUACCAAUUUUUAAGGACGAGGUAUGUUUCUCCUUCUCUUCUGUCCCUUGUUAUGCAUAUGUUGAUGAUCAUAGGACUAAUUUUUGGCACUUAUGGCUCUUUGUAUUUCAGUCUAUACCAUUACCUCAAAUCACAAAUCCAGAAUUGCAACAAGUGACUAUUAAUCCAAAAAAUGGAAGAAGUGAACGCAUUUUUGUUAAUCUCGAAGCUGUAUACCCUACUCCUGAUCAGAUUGGGACGGAAUUAAGUUUUGAGGAGUUACGUGCUAGUCAUCGUGGGUGGUUGGAUAAGUUGUGGGAACCAGAAUUGGAUAUACCAUCUGAGGAGCCCGUGUCAAAUGAACCAAGUCAAGAUUCUAACGUUAGUGUUGAAACUAUCACUCGAGAUAUUCCGGAGAAACUUGUCAUUGCUCGUGAUCCAGUAUUCUCAGAUGAAAAUAGACCGGAGAAACUUGUUAUUCCUAAGGAUGCAGUAUAUUUGGAUGAGAAUGGAGCAAAGAAAGAUCACAACAAGGAGACCAAGCAUAGGCGAAUGAAAGUUAAGGAGGUCAACAAGACACAAAUAAGUAAGUCGUGGAAAGGAUCACAGCUACAUUGAAAGUUAAUAUUUUGUAGUCAGUGCCAAACUUUCUUCGCCGACGGGGAAAAAGAUGACCAAGAGAAAAUCAUCAAAAGAGCAAACAAUGACUCUUCAUACUAAAGCAGCAACUGAUGAAAUUUAUGAUAUCUUUAAUCAGCCACUCAAGGCAGCGGAUGAAGACGAAGAGGAAGAAGAGGAAGAAAGUGAUGACGAUGACGAGGAUAUGACUGAUGGCGAUUAUACGAGUGAAGGUGAAAGCACUAUGACCGGACGGCUUAAUGUUAUGAGUGAAGCAGGUGAUGAUGAUGAAACUACUGAUGUGAAGAGCGAAAGCGAGUGGACCGAGUUUACAGCUCAAAAGCAUGCCUCAGAUGUGGAUGAUGAAGAUGAAACGCGAGCUUCAACCUUCUCUGAUGCAGAAGAUGAAGAAUUUGAGGCUAUCAAAGUCGCGGUUCCUCGUGAUGUUGAAGAAAAUGAUGAGCUCAUGACUCCGAUAUCUGAAGAUGGGCCUUUUAAUUCAACAACCAGUUUUGUUCCGAUACCUCCAGAAGAUUAUGAUCCACCCACUCACCCAUAUCGAGACCCUGCUCAAGUUUCUCAAAAUCGACUCCCCUUUAUGACCCCGAUCGUUGAGAGGACUGAAUCUUCUCUUGGCUUACCGACAAUUAGAAAUCCAAAAAAUUAUUUCAAUUCUACUACUAGCCCGAGCAAAGGUAGUGGAUCGAAAAUACAAGUGUUCCAGGAUGAUGAUGGCAGUAGUCCGUUAAGGGAAAUCAUCAAUGGAGCAAAACCUACCGAUAGAAUACCACAACCACAAUUAGGCAAGAAAAAGCCGCUGUCGAAUUCAACUGCAUUCGCUAAAGAAAUAACACCCAAGGGACCUAUCAUUCACGACACACAGUGCAAUCCAGUAGAUGAAAGUAUCCGUCAAUUAAUCUUCGAAGAAUUACAACCACCACUUAGCUCUUACGAAGGUUUCUUUCAGCAUGACGUAGCAAGAGGUCAGUCAGCGGAGUUGAAGAAGUAUGCUAAAGCUGUCUCGAAAGCAAAAGGUUCAAGCGACAGAACCAGUAUGUCCGCAGCCCCGGUGGUAGAAUUUCCCGGUACAGAAAGACAUUAUACACUAAAGCGAGAGCUUGGUGCUGGUGCGUUUGCUCCUGUAUUCCUCCUCGAAAGUGCAGCAAACGACAGCGAGCAAGAUGAGAACGAGGCCCCGGCAGUCAUGGGUAAAGGGGCGUUCGAUCAUUUCAACCGCAAGUCAUUAGAAGCACUCAAAAUGGAAGAUCCACCGAGUGCAUGGGAAUUUUACAUCAUGCGUCAAGCAAAACGCAGAUUAGGGGUCUCUCGUCCAGCAGAAAGUAUCAUCGAUGCAUAUGAAAUGCAUCUUUACAGAGAUGAAUGCUACCUAAUAGAGGAAUACAGAGAUCAAGGUACUCUUCUAGAUAUCAUUAACAUCUCCCGUGCAGAUACCAAAUCCCCAGGAGGCGUAAUGGACGAACUCCUCGUCAUGUUCUUUACCAUCGAACUCUUCCGAACAAUCGAAGCUCUCCAUUCUAAAGGAAUCCUUCAUGGCGAUCUUAAAGCAGACAAUUGUCUCGUACGUUUCGACACACUUUCAGAUGAUGACGUCUGGAGUCCAAAAUAUAAGAGGGAUGGUAGCGAAUGUUGGAAUAAAAAGGGGAUUUCGCUAAUUGAUUUUGGGAGAGGAAUUGAUAUGAAAUGUUUCAAACCAGAAGUACAAUUUAUUGCGGAUUGGAAAACAAGUCCUCAAGACUGUGCGGAAAUGAGAGAAUUGAGACCAUGGACUUAUCAAAUUGAUUAUCAUGGAUUAGCUGGUAUUAUCCAUUCAAUGCUUUUUGGAAAAUACAUAGACACCAUCGCUGAGAGACCAAAUGGUGGAUCCAGCGAUGCUAUUGGUGGAAUCGGUGGAGGAAUCGGUGGUGGUUUACGCAAAUGGAAAAUUAAAGAGGGAUUAAAGAGAUACUGGCAAACGGAAAUUUGGGCAGGCGUCUUUGAUUUAUUGUUGAAUCCUCAAGGUUAUGUGGAUGGUGAGGAAGGUGGAAGAAUGCCGGUUAUAAGGGGAAUGAGGGUUAUGAGGGAGGAGAUGGAGACUUGGUUAGAGGCGAAUUGUGAGAAAGGGAUGGGAUUAUUGAAGGGCGUUAGGAGGUUGGAAGAGGGGGUUAGGGAGAAGAGUAAGGGCAGGAGGUAGGGGUUGAAGUGAUUGGUGGGGAGUUGAUUAGCAGGCGUCAUUUGGGGAGUAGGAAUGUGAGAUGUUGGUGUUGGUGUUUGUCAUGAUAGUGUUGGAGCGUUGUAUCUUAAUGUAGGCUGGGUAUAUGGCAGUAUAUUGGUGUCUGUGAAAUUGUAAAUAACCCUUUGUAAUCUUGAUUGUUGAUA